CAUCGGUGUUGGCAAUUGCCAAUGCCAGUGCCACCGUGACCAAGGGUCCAGCGCGCCUAGACGUGCAGGGAAUUGUCCUGAGGUUGAGGUGCUCAACCCGCAAAUCUAAGGCAAGACAAUGGAGGCCAUUGUAGGAUAUUGUGGCUGUGAAGGGUUUGGUGUCGCUCUUGGAACCUGCUCUCAGCGAAGCGACAAUGCCUUUGGCAAUGCGCUCACCAGACGGAUCGCAAUGCCGCCUCAGCACAGCCAAAGCACCCGUCAAGGACUUUCCUCUUCCUUGAUUUACACCGCUGGUAAGAAGAGGCUAAGUUUAGCGUCAGCAGUCCAGGAUGACAGGAACGUCUGGGGCUCAGAUGAUGGCAUGGGGGCCAAUGCGGAGUUUCAAGUGGAGCUGGAGCGAGUCAUGCAGGAGGGCGAUGCACCGCGCCUGAUGGAGAAGUUACAAACAGCAGAGGACAGGGUGCUCAGAGCGGAGGCAGCACGCAAGUUGUUGGAGGAGAAGCUGACUGAGGUGGCCAACAUGAAAGCGGAGCUGGCGCGUGCCAGCGAGGAAGCGGAGCUGGAAGAGGCUGAUGAAGGGGUAACUGCUGCUGCGCGCCUUGUGGCUGAGGCGGAGGCGGAGGUGGCACUACGACGCGAGGAGGUGCUCCAGGCACGGGCCAAACAGGGGGCCAACAAGUGGAGCACCCCUGGCGUAGAUGAAGACAAGGAGCGCAUUGAGUCAGGGAAGGCAGCGGCCAUCGCAGUUGCUACAGGGCUGGCGGCCAGUCUGCCGGUGGUGCUGGCGGGGCGCGGCCCCGAGUCGAGUCUAGUGAGCCUGGUGGUGAGCGAGGGAGCCAUCCUUGCCACUUGCGCGCUGUUUGGCGUGUGCUACCGCUACAUGAUUCGGCGGGACACCCAGAACACGCACCUCAAGGGAGGAGUGGUGGCGGCCUUUGGACUCACACGCGGUCUUGCACAGGUUGCGACGACAUCACAGCUGGCUGGCUCUAGCCCAGCAGCUGUGGAAACGUUGUUAAAAUCGGCGUUAGAUGCUGGGGAGAGUGUGAUAUUCCUAGCGUUUGCUGCUGCCGCCCUUGAUUUUUGCAUGCAAACUGGACGAUUGAAUGCAUUCCCGUCAGUCACUGAACUCGAAGAUGACACGAAAAGCUAGCUGAUGAUGAAGGCACACAAGCAAGAGGAGUGGUCAACUUCUUGGUGGAACGCUGCUUGAUCGGUUCUGCAUGCUCGGCUGCAAAAUUUGAUGAGGCCGGACAACAAUAAACAUAGCUUCUUGUUCAUCCAUAUCUGACAUCUCGC